UUCGGGGGUUGACCUGACUCGGAGCCUGCCCUGCGCAGUCAGCCGGGGCGAGAGCCCUCGGGGCUGCUGCGGUGACCCGCCGCCCGGCCUCAGCUGCAGCGGCAGGAGGAAGAGGCUGGGGAGACGCUGAAAGUUGCCUCCUUCUACUUAUCCCCAGCGGGAAACUAAUUAAAAUUGGAUGUUGUAUGGUGAGAUACAUCUUUGUGAUGGAUUAUAUGUUCAAAUAUGCUCUUUUUCUACAAACUGUAGAAACAAAUAGUACCCUGCGUAUGACAGAAAUGCUGAAAGUGGAAAGAAAAUUGUCAACUGGCAAUAUCACGUUAAAAAACUGCUUUAAGAAACACUGUAGUUCACAUCAGUGAUCCACAGCUGAUAAAGCUUUGUAGUUAGUAGUGCAUGUGCUUUUAAAAGUAAUAAAGGAUUCAACAUGUUUUUACACAGUGUGUCUGCACUGAUAAUUUAGCACUGAAUUUUCAUACACUGAAAUCAUAGUAUGAUUAUCAGUGAGGAAAAACAGAACAUUAUCUAAAAACUGUCAAAAUGACCUCUGAGGAAAUGGCAGCUUCUGUACUUGUGUCUGUGGCACAGGGUAAAGUGAUACCUGCUCAGUCAGCUGGAGCUGAAAAUAGUGAAAAUGCUGUGGACACCAAUGUUAUAAAAAGACACAUUGCUAAUCAAGGAAGGCAAACGACACAUACUUUCUCGUACUUACACAGACUUAAAGAAGAACAUCUUCAGGGCUCGCUGCCCAAAAUUUUCUCUUUGGCAAAUGGAGAAGGAAUGACUGAUAAUAGGAGUAAUGAAAACUUCUUGGAGAAGAACACAUGCAUCCCUGGUUCAGUGGAGUUUCUUAACAUGAAUUGCAACACUAUAAAGAAAAAAUGCAAGAGCAGUGUUCCGCAUAACCAGUUACAUAAAUCAUGUGAUUCUUUAGCAGAAGAACACACAUGCUUGGAAACUGGAAUUUCUACUUCACGGGAAAGGACCAUGUUUGCUGAUAUUCAGUUGAAGAGGGAUGAACCUGCAGUAGAGAUGAAGUCAUUAAGAAACCAUUUUGCGGUAAAUAAAAGUGGCACAGAUGAUGCUGAUAAUGUAGCAGUGUUUCACUUUCACUAUGCUAGUGAAAGAAAUAUAUCAAAAGCUUUGUGCACGCUACACAACAGCUUCAUUUUGGGUGACUGUUUACAGCAUGUAAAUGUUGGUAAUGAUCACGCCAGUGAUUCAACAGCCUGCACUUGUAAAUUAAUGGAAUUGACAAAUAAUUGUGACAAUAAAAAUGGACAACAGUUGUAUGAUAACUGUGACACUUUAAGGGACAAGUAUUUAUAUGUGGAAAGAGCAGCACGAAAGGUUAGAGUGGCAUGCUCAAGUCACAGCUUUUAUGGUGGUAAUUUUACUGGAAAAAUGCCCUCAAAGCCCUUUCUGAGCCAUUUUGAAGAUUGCAGUGAUAACUGCGAAGAAGGGAUGGAGGAGGAGUUUUUUAGAAACAAAAAGGAACGUUCCACUUUAUUAAUCAGACGUUUUUGUAAAAAUGAUAAGGAGGUUAAAAAAUCAGUUUAUACUGGAACAAGGGCAAUUGUUAGGACUUUACCUUCAGGGCAUAUUGGAGCUGUUGCUUGGGAUUAUGUGGAGCAGAGGAGAAACAAGAGUGAUAUAAAGCAUUGUAGGAUUAUCACAAAACAUCUAACUAUUCAAGCCUUAAGUGAGGAAUUAAAUUCUGAUCUUGUGAAAUCCAUGUGGUAUGAGAUCUACAAUGCAGUGAAGGAGGAAGAGGCGGCGGAAGAUACUUUUGAAUAUUGUCUCCAUCCUCUGAGAGAGCUUCCAACACUAGAUGCAGAUUGCAGAUGCAAAAAUGUCUCUUUUGUAAAACCAUGCGUAGAAAGUGCUUGCUCUGAGUACCGUGCCACUUUACAAAGGACGUCACUCUCUAACUUUAUCACUGGUGCUCUACUAGAAGCAACUACAUCACUGGGAGCAAGAAGUGGUCUUCUAAACAUCUUUGGAGGGUCAACUGGAAGAACAAUGCUUAAAGAACGUCAACCGUGCACAUCUAUGGCUGGUUCAAAUGCACUCCCCUCCAGUGUAGCUGGUAUCAGUAAAGAGCUAGUAGAACUUCAGCACCUCAUUCAGUUCCCAGAGGAGGUUGCUAGUAUUCUGACUGAACAGGAACAGGAUCUCUACAGAAGGAUCUUGCCCAUUGACUACCUCAGCUUCUUAACCAGGGAUUUGGGUAAUGCUGAAUGUCAGAGCAAACUUCCAUGCAUUAAAGCUUCCGUAUCUGCGACUAUUCUUUCCUCCCAAAACAACGAGCACAAUGUUAUUGAAGAUCUCGUGACAAGAUUUAAUGAGGUGAGCUCUUGGGUUACAUGGUUGAUCCUUACUGCCGGUUCUAUGGAGGAGAAACGAGAAGUCUUCUCAUAUUUAGUACAUGUGGCAAAAUGCUGCUGGAACAUGGGAAACUACAAUGCUGUAAUGGAAUUCUUGGCAGGGCUUAGGUCUAGAAAAGUUUUAAAAAUGUGGCAGUUCAUGGAUCAGUCUGAUAUUGAAACCAUGCGAGGUCUGAAGGAUGCUAUGGCACAACAUGAAUCAUCCUCUGAAUAUCGGAAAGUGGUAAAUCGUGCUCUGAAUAUUCCAGGCUGUAAAGUAGUUCCUUUCUGUGGUGUAUUUUUAAAGGAGCUUUGUGAAGUUCUAGAUGGAGCAGCAAGCCUCAUCAGACUUUGCCCACAGUAUAAUUCCCAGGAUGAAACAUUAGAGUUUGUUUCAGAUUACAACGGGCAAGAUAAUUUCUUGCAACGAGUAGGCCAAGAUGGUUUAAAUAAUACAGAAAAAGAAUCAACAGCAAACAGUAUCUUUCAAACCAUUCGGAGUUGUAAUCGCAGUUUGGAAUCUGAAGAAGUUGAAGACAAUUUUAGUGAAGGAGGCAAUUCAAGAAAAAACUCUUUGAAGGAUAGAAACCGUUACCAGUUUAUAAUUGGAGAUCUCUCAGACUCAGAAAGUGACAUAUCUGAGCAGUCAAAAGAGUGGGACACAAAUACAACUGAAGAGCAGCAAAAGGCAUACAAUCAUGGAAUAGAACUCAUUCCCUGGUAUGUGUUAUCAAUCAGAGCUGAUGUCCAUCAGUUCAUGCUACAAGGGGCAACUGUCAUACAUUAUGACCAGGAGAUGCAUCUCUCAGCACGCUGUUUUCUUCAGCUUCAACCUGACAAUAGUACUUUGACAUGGAUAAAACCCACUACAGCUUGUCCUGCAAAUACUAAAGUAAAACUCGGUGUGCUAGGUAGCAAUGCUGACCUUGGUAAAUUUCAGUUUCUUGGCAGUACUGGAUUGAAUGGACUGGUGGAAGGUUUCUUGGAUUUGUUUUCAGCAAAGGCUGUGUACAUGGGGCACCCUGGCGUUGAUAUGCACACUGUGUGUGUUCAAAAUAAACUUUGUAGUAUGUCCCUUGAAGAGAAUGGAGUAACACUACUAUAUGGACUUCAAACUACUGAUAAUAAGUUACUGCACUUCGUGGCUCCAAAAUAUACUGCCAAAAUGCUGUAUGAUGGAUUGCUGGAAUUAACAAAAGCUGUAAGAAAAAUGAGGAAAUUCCCUGAUCAGAGAUUGCAGUGGCUACGGAAACAGUAUGUCUGCCUUUAUCAGGAGGAUGGCAGAUUUGAAGGCCCAACUUUGGCUCAGGCUGUUGAACUGUUUGGAGGUAGACGCUGGAGUGCAAGGAACACAAGCACAGGGGCCCUGACCAGAAGCACUGAGAAACCCAGUGUGCAGAGAAACAACACUCUGGGAAUAAGCACAGCCAAGAAAAAGAAGAAAGUACUCAUGAGGGGUGAAAGUGGAGAUGCUACUGAUGAUGAGAUGGCAACUCGUAAGACAAAAAGUUAUAAAGAAUAUCGUAAUAGAAGUGGUUCGGAUCCUCAAGACAUUGAUGAACACGAAGAAUCAGAUCAGAAUAUUGCGACUGCCUCUAACACUCUGCCAUCUAGAAGAGCUCAUUCUCUGACUGCAUCUGGAUCUCCUAGCUUAGCACCCGGGGCAUCUGCACCAAUCAGACCAGUCUCCUCUCCUGUAAUGUCAUCUUCAAGCAAGAGUCAGGCUAGUACUUGGAGCAGCAGUAGCUGGCAUGGCCGAGUCAAAGGAGGAUUGAAGGGGUUUCAGAACUUCAUGGUUUCCGAUAGUAAUAUGAGUUUUGUUGAAUUUGUAGAGCUUUUCAAGUCUUUCAGUGUUCGAAGCCGCAAGGAUCUUAAAGACCUCUUUGAUGUCUAUGCUGUACCCUGCAAUCGAUCAGGUUCUGAUUCUACUCCACUUUAUACUAAUCUGAAAAUUGAUGAGAACACCAGUGAACUCCAACCUGAUUUAGAUUUAUUGACCAGGAAUGUAUCAGAUCUGGGUUUGUUCAUUAAUAGUAGACAGCAACUAUCAGAAAACCAGAGACAGAUAUCUGAUGCCAUUGCUGCUGCUAGUAUUGUAACUAAUGGUACUGGAGUAGAAAGCACAUCACUGGGAAUAUUUGGAGUGGGAAUCCAGCAACUCAAUGACUUCUUAGUGAAUUGCCAAGGUGAACACUGCACCUAUGAUGAAAUCCUCAGUAUUAUCCAGAAAUUUGAACCCAGUGUCAAUAUGUGCCAGCAGGGGCUACUGUCAUUUGAAGGAUUUGCAAGGUUUUUGAUGGAUAAAGACAAUUUUGCCUCAAAAAAUGACGAGUCACAAGAGAAUAUUGAAGAGUUACAACUACCACUGUCAUAUUAUUACAUUGAGUCUUCACACAAUACAUACCUCACAGGCCAUCAGCUUAAAGGAGAAUCAUCAGUAGAGCUUUACAGCCAGGUUCUCUUACAAGGCUGUAGGAGUGUGGAAUUAGACUGCUGGGAUGGUGAUGAUGGGAUGCCUAUCAUUUAUCAUGGACAUACCCUCACUACUAAGAUCCCUUUUAAGGAUGUAGUUGAAGCUAUUGAUCGCAGUGCCUUUCUCACAUCUGAUAUGCCAAUCAUCAUAUCUAUAGAGAACCACUGUUCAUUGCCUCAGCAACGCAAGAUGGCUGAAAUUUUUAAGAAUGUAUUUGGAGAUAAGCUGGUAACUAAGUUUUUAUUUGAGAGUGACUUCUCUGAUGAUCCAAUGCUCCCUUCACCGGACCAACUGAGAAGAAAAGUGCUGCUGAAAAACAAAAAACUCAAAGCCCAUCAAACUCCAGUGGAUAUUUUAAAACAAAAGGCUCACCAACUCGCAUACAUGCAAGCCCAGGCCAGUAAUGGUGGCAAUGCUGGUAACCCCACCACUAAUAAUGAAGAGGAGGAGGAUGAAGAGGAUGAAUAUGACUAUGACUAUGAAUCUCUCUCUGAUGAUAACAUUCUGGAAGACCGACCUGAGACUAAAUCAUCCAGUGAUAAACUGCAAUUUGAAUAUAAUGAAGAAACUGCCAAGAGAAUAAAGAAGACUGAUUGCAUUACUUACAAUAAUAAAGGAAAGGUUUAUGACAUGGAACUGGGUGAAGAAUUUUAUCUUCCACAAAAUAAGAAGGAAAGUAGACAGAUAGCACCAGAGCUCUCAGAUCUUGUCAUCUAUUGUCAAGCUGUGAAAUUCCCUGGCCUGUCAACGCUAAACCCAUCUGGCUCUAGCAGAGGAAAGGAAAGAAAAAGCAGGAAGUCCAUUUUUGGCAACAAUCCUGGCAGACUAAGCCCUGGGGAGCCAGCAACACUUGCCAAAGCAUCUGGAAAAGGUCCUUUUGAGGGUGCCCGGCAAACCUGGGAAGAACUUUGUUCUCCUCCUUUCAACCAUACAACUUCUCUCAGUGCUAUCAUAAGGACACCUAAAUGUUAUCAUAUCUCUUCACUGAAUGAGAAUGCUGCCAAACGUCUGUGCAGACGAUAUUCUCAGAAACUGAUUGAGCAUACCACAUGUCAGCUAUUGAGAACAUAUCCUGCUGCCACACGCAUUGACUCUUCAAACCCCCAUCCCCUUAUAUUCUGGCUCCAUGGAAUACAGCUAGUGGCAGUUAACUAUCAAACUGAUGAUCUCCCUCUGCAUCUUAAUGCAGCAAUGUUUGAGGCGAAUGGUGGCUGUGGGUGUGUUUUGAAACCCCCUGUUCUGUGGGACAAGAACUGUCCAAUGUACCAGCAAUUUUCUCCAUUAGACCGAGAUCUGUAUAAUAUAGAGCCAGCUAUAUAUUCUUUAACAAUUGUGUCUGGACAAAAUGUUUGUCCUAGCAACAGCACAGGAAGUCCAUGCAUUGAAGUUGAUGUACUUGGGAUGUCUCUGGAUAGCUGCCAUUUUCGCACAAAACCCAUUCAUCGCAAUACUCUCAACCCCAUGUGGAAUGAACAGUUUCUCUACCGGGUUCACUUUGAGGAUCUGGUCUUUCUUAGAUUUGCAGUUGUUGAAAACAACAGCUCAGCUGUAACUGCUCAAAGAAUCAUUCCACUAAAGGCUCUAAAAAGAGGGUAUAGACAUCUCCAGCUACGAAACCUACACAAUGAAGCCUUAGAAAUCUCAAGUUUAUUCAUAAACAGUCGGAGGAUGGAAGAAAAUCCCUCUGGGAAUGUUGUGCCUACCUCUUUGUUGUUUAGCAUAGAAGAGAAGAGAACUUCAAAGUUGUACAAAGUCACAAUACAUGGAAUUCCAGGCCCUGAACCCUUUACUGUUUUUACUAUAAGUGAAGGGACUACAGCAGCACAGCUUCUUCAUCAAAUUUUGGCUACCACAAAAAGCACUGAAUCACGUGCUCCUGAUUAUUUUCUGAUGGAGGAAAAAUGUUUUAUAUCUAAAGAAAAGACUGAGUGCAGGAAACCACCGUUCCAGAGGGUGAUUGGCCCUGAGGAGGGGCUAGUACAGCUUUUGAACAGCUGGUUCCCAGAAGAAGGAUAUGUUGGAAGGAUUAUCUUUAAAACCCAAGAGGAAAAUUUGAAUGGGAGAAACAUUUUUCAAGAAGAGAAAGAAGACGCAAACGUUAGCUCUGAAGAUGAUAGUUUCUUUGUUCAAGUGCAUGAUGUUUCCCCAGAGCAGCCUCGCACUGUCAUCAAAGCUCCCCGCUUUAGCACAGCACAGGAUGUCAUACAACAGACUCUUUGCAAAGCCAAGUAUUCCUACAGCAUUCUGAGUAAUCCCAACCCAAAUGACUAUGUCCUCUUGGAGGAGGUGACAAAAGAGCUAGCAAACAAAAAGUCAACAUCUAAGCCAUCGCAGAGGAUUCUGUCUGAUCAAGAGUGUGUGUUUCAGGCUCAGAGCAAGUGGAAGGGAGCAGGGAAGUUUAUCCUUAAACUUAAAGAACAGGUUCAGGCAGCACGAGAUGAUAAAAGAAAAGGCAUUUCUUUUGCCAGUGAACUUAAGAAAUUAACCAAGUCAAGUAAACAGUAUCGGGGCUUUGCAUCAUCACCUUUGCAGAGCUCACCGGACAAUACUAAAGAUGAAAAAUCUGCAGGCAGUUUGACCUUUAGUGACAAUAUGGAAUAACAUCCGUAAUUGCCAGCAGUAUGUUCGCUGCAGGUGAUUUUAAAGGCCCUAAAAUGGCGAAGGCAAAAAGCCAAGCUGAGGCUGUCAAAAACAGAGGGAGAUUGUCAUAUUCCCUCUUUUUCCACAUAGCCUUGCAUUUACGUGAUAACUGGAACCAACAUCCGGAUUCCUGAUUUAAGAGAGCUUUCUGCAUUCUCCAUGAAGGAUACUGCUGAGGCCUAAACUAUUCAGCACUAGCUUGGCCUAAUCCAGACUGUACUUCUUGGUGACAGAUACAGAUCUGGUAAUGCUGAGUGGGAUGUUACAGUUUCUAAUGUUUGGAAAGACGCUUGCCAGCAUUUGAAAGAGAUUCCUCUCUUCCCAAAUAUCUUCACAUCUGCAAAAUCUGGAGAGGAAGAUUAAGCAGACUUCUUAAAUUGUACUUUGUAAACAAAAGAUAUUUUAAUUAAUUGCUUUAAGGGAAGAGAAUUAGAACUAGAGUGUUCUGUGUAUUGUAUGAAAAUAAUGCACCUUUAAUGGUUCCUGUUAAACACUGUUAGGUGAUUGUAAAAAGAUUUACAUGGACUGUAACUUUCUUGGUAUCACAUAUUUAAUUUUGGUGAUAAACCAUAAAUAACUAUGGUAAGCAUUUUGAGUAUAUCUAUUUUCACAAAAUAAUCAUGUACAAACAGCUAAACACACCUCCUUGAUAGUGAUAUUUUGACAAGGAACAACAUUUUCUUCAUUCAAAUUCUAGUUUUCCAGGCUUGUGUUUCAAGUAAGAAUGAUUAUUUAUUUUCACGUUCCAAGGUAUGAGUCACUGUGUAAUAUAUUUAUCAUACCUUUCUUUUUUGGUUUAGGGGAAAAAUAAUUUUCUGCUGAAAAGAAACAUUCAGAAAAAAAAAACACUAUUUGAAACAUGCAAUUGCUUAAAGUUUCAAUUUUGAAAUCAUAGUAAAAUAAUCUCAACAUUAGUGUUUGUUAGAGAAUGGAAAAUAUUAUAGUUGUGUAAAUAACCCAGGCUACUCCAUUUAUUUUCCAAUAUAAACCUUGACUUUUUGUUUAUGUAGAAGCACUGCUGUAAAGUUUUGUAUAUGUUUGAAAUCAUGAUUUUUUUUUUAAAGAAGUUAGUUAUAGCUGUAUCAUUUUCUUCAGUGUAAAUCAAAAGCAGUUCAUACUGACUUAUACAAAGUAAGGGCACAACUGAAACUGCUGAUGUCCAUACAUAAGAACCUUGUCUAGUAACUAAACUGUUCAGCAUAAGCUUUGGCUAUACUUCAGAUCAUAUGUCUGAUGCAGGGAUUGCUGCAGAUGAGUAAAUCAAUUAAACUAAAUUUAUAGGACAGUAAGAGAAGCAACUCUCCAUUAAACAACCUGAAGUUGAAUGAAAUGCAGGGAGAUGAUUCAAGCAGUCUGCUCAGCACAGAGAAUGAAUACCCUGUAUAUUAGCUAGAGGGUCUACAUCCCCAGAAAUGUCCUCUAGCACAAAAAGAUGCUAUUUCUAAGGUUGUAAUUUUGUGAAAAUCUAUAUCUCUGUACUCAAUCUAGACAAGGCACUAUAGUUGCUGACUCCAAGAAAUAAAUUUAAAACUAAAAAGUCAUAAGUUGAUUUCUAAAUGUGCAGAAACUAUGCUGCGUUCAAAUAAAAGCAGGAGAAAGUUAGAAAGCAACUCUCACCUUUUUCUGUGCAGGAAGUGCCCUCUUCAGGCUGAUUCCAACAUUAGGAAAAAAAAAUGUAACUACACAUUCAAAACUCCUUUACUGAGGCAUCCCCAGGAGCUUACACACUUAUUUUGAAAUUCACCUGUCUUUAUCCCAUUUUAAAAAUAGCAACUAAGCCUGUUCUGAAUUCUGGGAAAUUCGCAAUAUUUUCAAGCAGUGCUAUGUCAUUUGUCUAAACAUGGUUUUCAGAGUUACAUGGGAGAAGAUUACACAUAAUAUUUUGAAAAGUGAGUAGCCAUGUAGCAGCCACUGACUUUAAGCUUCUUAGGCACUUAUGAAAAUCCCACUAGUCACCUAUCUGCAUCUUUUUUGAAAAUGGACCUUAGGCCUCUCAAUUACUUCAGGGUAAAAUUUUCAGGACUGUUUAUGGUGAACAAAAAUAGCUGCUCUUCUAUCUAGUCCUUCCAUGUCUAAAGUAACCAGUCCCACUGAGAGAGAUACAGGAAAUUCAGCUUCCAAGGCACAUUAUUAAGUGAAAUUACAUGGUGUUUUAUAUGCACAUUACCCCUUCAAGCAAUAUUUGCAUUGAUAGUGUAUAUCUUUCAUUGUCCUUUGAAUAGAGCUUAGAUAAAGGUCUGAUCCCUUUUUCAUUUAUAUAUAUCCAUCACCUGCAUUGGUUGUUAAAUCCAUUUAGACACAUGAAAAUAUUUUUUUAAUAAAAAAUUUACCCUUCAUUUGAUAAAUGGAUUCCCCUUAUUUCUAGUAGCACUGAAAGUAAGAAGGUUGGGUCCAGAGAGAUUUGGGAGAAGCUUUUGUAAAUCUACUACAGAUCCAGCAGAGAGAGAACUCUUGUGUAGGAAUGCCACAAAUAUUAAUGUCUCAUUGCUACUAGACUUGAAAGAAAAUUUAGAUAAGGGCAUCCUCAGCAUCCUAGAUUAUAGCAGGCAAAGUCUGGUAGCCCUUUAAAAAGCAACAGAUUCGCACUAUUUGUGACUAGCAUACACUCACUGUGUAAAGUGCAUGAUGUGGUUUAUCCAUAAGGACAUUUUCUCUUUGCUAGUUAUUUUAGCCUUGCCCAACUGUCAUGAAUACUUACCAGCCACAGGACAAAAUCUACUUAAAAGCAUAGCGGUAAUGAGAAAACCAAGCAUUUUGCUUGUUCAGUUUAAAAAAAAUCAUUUUAUGGAGGUGGGCAUGGUAGAAUUUUCCAAAACUGAUUAUAUUGAAUUGGGGGAGGAGGGGUUCAUUAAAGUACCUCAAUUUAUUUAAGUUUUAAAAAAUAGGGAUCUUGAUGAUUAAUCAGCACCGCAUUAGUUAAUUGCAUUCAUGUCGUUUUGGUCAUAGACGAAAGUAGGGGAAGCACAUAAGCUUUCCAUUUUCGUUAGCCUAAAAAUCCCCCCAAAUGAAA